AGCGAAUUAGCUCUCACAACAGGGCUAGCCUAUUAUUUCGAGAAUGGAAAUGUGCGGAUAAACGAGUCCUCACUGUUUUAAGUUUACAAGUCAAUGUUCUGGACUGAAGUUAAAAAGAGAAGAAAAUGUCGAGUUUUGAUAAUGUUACGUACAGUAAUAAAGAAAGCUUUGGUAAGAAAAAAGGGCGAAUAACUCUGAGUCACACAGAGAUUAGCAGCAGAACACCAGUUAAAGCCCAUUACUCCAAUAAUUCCAUUAUAGCUGAAGCCACCAUUAAAAAUGGAACGCUUUCCCAUACUUAUUUCUUACCAAAAGGAGCUUCCAUUAAAAGACAGAGUGUAACCUAUAAGGCAAAGAGUGGCUUCAUGCGAGUGUACUUUAACAAAUUAACUGAUUUUGAUCUAGAGGAUACUUGUGCUAGUCAGGAACCAGAAGAGGAAUCUGAUUAAUGUGAAUUCCGACUCUAGCUGGCAGACAACUAUAACUCAAUACUAGAUAUCAAAGACCUGUUGAGAAUUGGUCAGCCAUGGAUCACCCGUAAUGUGAUAAAAUUUAAGAUCGAAAUUUGAUUUAUGUAAAUUUUUUCAAUAAUUUUUUAUGUGUUUUUAUGUUUUGUUGGCAAGUUCGGCAUGUUUGAGAUUCAUUGGAUGAACCAUGGGAACGACACCUUCAAUAAAGGAAGAGUUCAGUUUGUGUUCCAUCUUUGAGGAAAAAGAAGUAUGUGAAGACAAAAUUCAGAAUGGCGGAGAAAGGAAUAAAAGGAAAAUUUGAAUGUGACAUGUCCAGUUCGGUAAAAUUCCAUUGAAGCCAGAAUUAGUCAGAACUAACCAAUGGAGCACACCCUAAUGUGAUAAUAGAAUCUAAACCUCAGAGCCAGUUACUGGUGGCCAUUUUGUUACACUUUUUUGUACUUCACUGCUGGAGAGUGAAGGAGUGACAAGAAUGAUAUUUUUGUGUUCGUUUUUGGAGUUUGAUACUCAGUGUUCAAACAGCUCAAAUUUUAUUGAGGCAUAAUAUAUCAUGAAACAUAUAAAAUAUUAUCAUACUCACUUUUCAAUUAAUUUUCAUGUUUUAAAUCUUUUAUUUAUGUAAAAUAGUGACUUUAAAUGCAAAUAUGUUUUGUGUUUCUUUUUAUGUAAAUUUUGCUCAGUAAAUUUUUUUGAAUUUAAAUUUACAGUAAAUUUGGGUUUUUUUCUGAAUUAUUAAAAGGGUACUGGGCCAAUAGCACCAAAACAAUGGGCAGAAACACAUUGACUUUUAAGUAGAAUAAAUAAAAUCAUACCAAAAUUAAACAAACAUCUAUUUCAAUAUAAACAGAGCAAAAUAGGACAGGAUUUAUAAAAUAACAAGAAACAGAAAAAAAAAAUAACAUUCAAUAUAUCAGAUCUCAAUACAAAAUACAGAUCUUAUAAAUUUUUCAGGGAGAUAUUGGUCUUUGUGAGUUGAUAAAACUUCAAACUACCUUUUGAAAAUAGAAAUCUGAAUUAAGGUUCAUCUACAAUAAAAUAUUAUUUGGUAUGUGGCAUACAACGUUGUACAGGCCCUUUUUCCAACCUAUCUAUUGCUCUGUGAUGAACUGGUCACGUAUUCUCAAGAAGAUCUUAACGCUAGGAUGUCCUAAAUCAAUGUUAGAAGAUAAGAACCUAAGACAUCCUAGCACUAAGAUCGUUUCGAGAAUACGUGGCCUGUACACUAAACCAACUAUUCUCACACUAGCAUGCAAAAUAAACAAAAUUAAAUGUAAUAAAAUAAUAUGCAACUAGAAUUGAGCCUACUUAGUUCAUUAGUAAAGACUAGUAUUAGUAAAGACUAGUAUUAGUAAAGACUAGUAUUAGUAAAGACUAGUAUUAGUAAAGACUAGUAUUAGUAAAGACUAGUAUUAGUAAAGACUAGUAUUAGUAAAGACUAGUAUUAGUAAAGCUAUGAGCGAAGACACAUUAUGUCAAUCAAGCAUUGUUAUUAAUUCAAAAUUGUGAGGAGGCUAUGCUGAAAUUUGAAUGCGAAAUGGGAACAUUAAUGGCAUCAAUUUCACUGUUCCAAUUUUCAAUCAGACUGUGGUUCCUGCAUUUCCACAAAAAAAAAGUGUUUUAUUAUGUCACUAAU